GUCAACUUCCUGUUUUGUUUUUAGCAAAACUAAUAAAAGAUAUGAAAUUUCAAAAUCAUUGAUAAUCAUGUCGAAGUCAGGGACAUUACAAGAACGACCCAAACCACCGUCGUUUGAACAUAUGAAACAGGAUGUUGAAAAUGCUUCUGAGAACGACGUGGUUUUUCUCGCUGGAAAUAAUGCUUUGAGUAACAGCAAUAUUGCAAUGAUCGAAUCUUUUAUGGAGUUAUCGCCUUUGGACCAAAAGUCAUCCAAUGAUAAAUUGGCAGAAGGUGUUGAUGUGACAUGUGUUACAGAGGAAGUAGAUAAGUCUUUCCAAGAUACGUUAGAGCUGGUAAGACUCAACAAGAUCCUGACUCAGGCUCCAAAAGAGUUGGAGGACAAAUACAACAGUUUACAACAGCUUGGAGAGGACAUCACUAAGUCCAUAACUAAACUACAAGAAUCAACAGAGGCUAUUAAAUCAUGAUACCACAUCUCAUUAAAACUAGAAGAAAUUUUACAGAAGUGACCAUACUGUGACAGUAAUAUUUUUGCAACAGGAAUCUUUACAAAAUUCAUCAAACCUGUGCCAAUCAACUGAAAUCUGAUCAGAAGCUAUGGAAUAUUUUAUUGUAUCAUCAUUAAGACUUCAGAGAAGUAAUAAAAUACUAACACUGUAUUGCAGGAUAUAAUAUUUAAUAAAUUAUUGUUUUUGCAAUGUA